AACAAGUUUCUGUCACUCCGGAAGUGUAAGGAAUUGUUUUAUCGAAUAUUCCUCCGUUUUAACGUUUGUACUUUUGUACAAAAAUGGAAAACCAGGCUAUGGUCGAAUCAAGAGACAAAAUGAAGAAAAAGAAACUCCUCUUUGAAUUGACAAAAGCCAUUUCAAAAGUGGAUGAAAGUAUGGUGAAAAUGACCAUCAGUCAAGACGUUGAUCUGGAUGCAACAAUAAUUUACUCAAAGACUCCUUUGUCAUACUCCUUAGAGAUGGAUGCUGAAAACAUUGCAAUCUUACUUCUUGAAAAGGGAGCAAACCCUGAAAAGCCAGCUACCUGUGAAAAGUCUAAUCAUGUUCUUUGUCCGAUUCACUCUGCAUCCAAAUUCAAUCAAACUAAGUUUCUUUCUGCAUUGUUGAAAAGGAAUGUGGACUUGGAUGUAAAGACCAGUGCUGAGUUAAGUGCACUACAUUAUGCAGCUUAUGCAGGUCACCUUAGUAUUUGCUCAGACCUAAUUAACCAUGGAGCUAAUGUAAACAGUAGAGAUUCUCAUUCUAGGACUCCUCUACACAGAGCCGCUGAAAAUGGACAAACAGCAGUCAUUGAUUUACUCUUCAAAUCUGGGGCGGAUGUUUGUGCGGAAGAUGAAAUGGGAAAUACACCUUUGAUUAUAGCCUGCUACUUAAACCAAACAUUAGCAGCUAAAUCCUUACUGGAUAUGUACAACAAUGUAAAUUUUUUUAAUAAGGAAGGAAACUCUGCUCUUCAUGUCGCUUGUAGUCAGUCCAUACAAAAUUCUGACAAUUUCAAGAAGACUACAUAUGGACGUGCUAUAUUUGGACGGCAAAUGUUCCAUCAUAACCAUGUAUUUCAUUUUGAAUACAAACUUGCUGAUAUUUUAGUUUCGAGUGGUGCUAAUGUUGAAGCAGUGAAUACAAUGGGAUUAACUCCCUUUGAAUGUGCAAGAACCUUUGUGACUCUAGAAACACAGUUAGCCUUGCUAGAAAAAUUUGUCAAUGCUGGACUCUGGGUAUCAGAUUUUUCACCCGAUACAUAUGUACCCCUGAAUCCUACAUUUCAACCUGAUUAUGAAGAAGUACUUUCAUUUAUGCGUCUUAAGCAGAUUACUUUAAAACAGCAAUGUAAACGAAUCAUUCGUAAAAGUAUUGUUAUGAAGGGAGGUAAGAGCAUGCAGUGCUAUGUUGGUUGUCUACCUCUUCCAAUGCAGUUACAAAACUAUUUACUAUAAAAAUGGCAAAGAUUUACAAAACAGAGUUGACCUUAGAUUUCUGUUUAGUAGCAAAUCUACACCAGGUUUUGUUUGACAAAAUAAAGAUACCAAAUUGAAUUUCUAAAAAUUUGAUGAAGUUUACGGGCAUGGAAAGUCAGUUUUGGUUUCCUUUUUCAUAUGCAAUGGCAGUUAAUCAAGUACGGUGUGUAUUCGAUUUCUGGCAAGUAGAUUGCACAAUAUGCAUGUAAAUACGUAAAUAUUAGAAGUGUGAACUUGAUCUUUUUUAUUACAGCUUUUAUGUAGUUUAUGCAUCUUUAUUAAUUUUUCACAAAGGUACUUCGGUAGUACACUUAAAUUAAUUUAGAUAAUAAUGAAUUUAUCACAUUUUCUAUAGUACAAGAUAGAAUGGUUCAACUUCUUGUAUUAUUAUUGGUCGCAAUCUCACUAUGGGAAAAUAAGGUUGGUUGAUCAAUUUGCCCCCCCCCCCCUCCAAAAAAAAUAAUUAUAAUUGAUAAGUGGUUAAGAGAUUCAAAAGUGUGGCACAGAUCAUGUUUAAUUUGUGACAU